GGGCCGGGGAGAGAAAAGGGGGAGUGAGAGCUACAUUUUUUUCCCCAGCCAGGCCGGAUAGCUAGCUUAGGCUAGCUACAGUGGAUCCCAAAAGCCACGGCGCUGGUCAUGCCUUCGAGUGUGCGGGCCGGGAGCCUGAAGGACCCGGAGGUGGCCGAGCUCUUCUGCAGGGAGGAUCCUGAGAAGCUCUUCACAGACCUAAGGGAGAUUGGACAUGGCAGCUUUGGCGCUGUGUACUUUGCCCACGACAUCCGCACCAAUGAGGUGGUGGCCAUCAAGAAGAUGUCCUACAGCGGCAAGCAGUCCAACGAGAAAUGGCAGGAUAUCAUCAAAGAAGUGAAGUUCCUCCAGAAACUGCGGCACCCCAACACGGUCGAGUACCACGGCUGUUACCUGAGGGAGCACACAGCUUGGCUGGUGAUGGAGUACUGCUUGGGCUCGGCUUCUGACCUGUUGGAAGUCCACAAGAAGCCCCUCCAGGAAGUGGAAAUAGCUGCUAUUACGCAUGGUGCACUGCAGGGACUGGUCUAUCUUCACUCGCACAACAUGAUUCACAGGGAUGUGAAAGCAGGAAACAUCUUGCUAACAGAACCCGGGCAGGUCAAGUUGGGUGACUUUGGUUCUGCCUCCAUAGUUGCCCCGGCCAACUCUUUUGUGGGAACACCUUACUGGAUGGCACCUGAGGUAAUUCUGGCCAUGGACGAGGGUCAAUACGAUGGAAAGGUGGAUGUUUGGUCACUUGGCAUUACGUGCAUAGAGCUGGCGGAAAGGAAGCCUCCUCUGUUCAACAUGAAUGCUAUGAGUGCCUUAUACCACAUCGCACAGAACGAGAGCCCCGUGUUGCAGUCUAAUCACUGGUCCGAUUAUUUCCGUAACUUUGUGGACUCGUGCUUGCAGAAGAUUGCGCAAGACAGACCUACCUCCGAUGUGCUGCUCAAGCAUCAUUUCCUAUGCAGAGAGCGUCCCUUGACCAGCGUGAUGGACCUCAUUGCCCGAACCAAGGACGCCGUCCGCGAGCUUGACAACCUGCAGUACAGGAAGAUGAAGAAAAUCCUUUUCCACGAGGCCCACAAUGGGCCUGCGCCAGAAGGGGCCGAGGAGGAAGAGGACGUGGAGCAGUACAUGCUGCGCACGGGCACCGUCAACAGCAUGGAAAGCUCCCACUCGCUGCCGUCCAUGUCCAUCAGCGCCAGCUCCCAGAGCAGCUCCGUCAACAGCCUGGCGGACGGCUCGGAUGACAGCGGCGAGAUGGCCAUGAUGCAGGAGGGCGAGCACACGGUCACGUCCAACAGCUCCGUCCUGCACAAGCCUCUGAGUCACGAUAACAUCUACGACGACCCCUACCAGCCCGAGGUGGACUUGCAACGAGAUGCUUCAUCCGCUGGUGGAGGUGGUGGAGCAGGAGGAGGGGGAGGCGGAGGAGGAGGAGGAGGGAGGCGCCGUCGAGGCCGUGACCAUUUCGCCACCAUCCGGACCGCCUCACUCGUCACUCGCCAGAUCCAAGAACACGAGCAGGGAUCGGCACUGAGGGAGCAAAUGUCUGGGUACAAGCGUAUGCGCCGGCAGCACCAGAAACAGUUGAUGGGUCUCGAGAACAAGCUGAAGGCGGAGAUGGACGAGCACCAGCUGAGACUCGACAAGGAGUUGGAGAACCAGAGGAACAGCUUCUCGAUGGAGGGUGAAAAGUUGUGCAAGAAGCACUCUGCUAUCAUGGAGAAGGAGACCAAGGCUGUCCUAGCUGAGGAAAAGAAGUUCCAGCAGCACAUACUCGGCCAGCAAAAGAAGGAGCUGACAAGUCUGCUGGACUCGCAGAAACGACAGUAUCGACAACGCAAGGAGCAACUCAAAGAGGAGCUGAACGAGAACCAGUCGACGCCUAAGCGGGAGAAGCAGGAGUGGCUGGUGCACCAGAAGGAGUGUCUGCAGCAACUCCAGGCCGAGGAGGAGUCGGGCCUGCUGAGGAGGCAGAGGCAGUAUUACGAGCUCCAGAGUCGCCAGUACAAGCGGAAGAUGCUGCUGGCGCGCCACAACCUGGAGCAGGAUCUGCUCCGCGAGGAGCUGAACAAGAAGCAGACGCUGAAGGACCUGGAGUGCGCCAUGCUGCUGCGCCACCACGAGUCCACGCAGGAGCUGGAGUUCCGCCAGCUGAGUCUGGUGCAGCGCACCCGGGCCGAGCUGAUCCGCACCCAGCACCAGACGGAGCUCACCAACCAGAUGGAGUACAACAAGCGGCGCGAGCAGGAGCUGCGUCAGAAGCACGCCGUCGAGGUCCGGCAGCAGCCCAAGAGCCUGAAAUCGAAAGAGCUGCAGAUAAAGCGGCAGUUCCAGGACACGUGCAAGAUCCAGACCCGCCAGUACAAGGCCCUGCGGAACCACCUCCUGGAGAACACGCCCAAGUCGGACCACAAGGCGGUGCUGAAGCGCCUGAAGGACGAGCAGACCCGCAAGCUGGCCAUCCUGGCCGAGCAGUACGACCACUCCAUAAACGACAUGCUGUCCACUCAGGCUCUGCGGCUGGAUGAGACGCAGGAGGCCGAGUACAAGGUGCUGCGCAUGCAACUGCAGCAGGAGCUGGAGCUGCUCAACGCCUACCAGAGCAAGAUCAAGAUCCACACGGACACGCAGCACGAGAGGGAGGUCAAGGACCUGGAGCAGAGGGUCUCCAUCCGGCGGGCGUUGCUGGAGCAGAGGAUCGAGGAGGAGAUGCUGUCGCUCCAGAACGAGCGCUCCGAGCGCAUCCGCUCUCUCCUGGAACGUCAGGCCGGCGAGAUGGAGUCCUUCGACUCUGAGAGUUUACGUCUGGGCUUCAGCGGCCUGUCCCUGGCGGGCCUCACGGGCGACGCCUACUCCAAGCAGGGUUACCCCAACGCGCCGCCUCCGGCCCCCCGCUCCACCAGCCACUGGAGCCACGGGGUGCACCCCCAGAGCGCCGCCCCGCCGCAACCCUCGCGGCGCAGCCACAACAGCGGCGGAGGGGGCGGAGAGAGAGGGGAGCGGAGGGGCGAGUCGUCGUCGUCGUCCUCGCACUUGGCCGUGGCGCUGGCGAUGGCGAGGGACGGCGGCAGGGAGGCGCACCACUCGUCCCACUCCUCCUCUUCGUCGUCGUCCUCCUCGUCUUCCUCUCACCACCAGCGCCACCACCUGCCCCAGCACUACCACCACCAGAGCACGCCGCAGUUGUACCGAGAACGAGAGCGGGACAGGGAACGGGACCGGGAACGGGAGAAGGAGAGGGACUGGCCCGGAGUGCGGGGGGGACCCGGCGGGGAUCUGGUCCACCCUCUGCCCUUGCCCUUCUCCCAUCACCUCCCCUCGCGCUCCUCCUCCCAGUCCCUCGCCAUGCUACCUCCGCCGCCGCCGGCCCCUCCGUCCAUCUCCGGCCCGUCGUCGUCCUCGUCUUCCUCCUCGUCCUCGCAGGGGGGCGUCUACGGCGGCAUCCGGGCCGCCCCCAGUCUGAUGGCGCUGAGGAACAGCCCCCAGCCCCUGAGGAGGACGGCGUCCGGCGGGGGGCCCGGGGCGGUCGUCGGCCCCGACGGCGUCCUGAGCCGGAGCACCUCGGUCACCUCGCACAUCUCCAACGGCUCGCACCUCUCCUACUCCUGAGCCGGAGGUUCUCAGAUCUUUUUGGGUCCAGGGACACCUUUAGAAGGGAGCGCCAUUUAAAUGUAAGUACUGUUGAAAUUGAAAAAUUAUGUUCCACGUAGAUAUGGAGAAUACAGUGCUAAACACACAGCUCUGGGAAAAAUUAAGAGGCCCAAAAUUCUAUUUGACCUUUCGGGGUAGUUUUUACAAUUUUUCAUUAAUUCCAAAUAAAUUCUCUUGAACGAGUGACUCUCAAAAGUGGGACACUGCUACCAUCUAGUGGCGUGUGAAAGAAUCACUGCCAAGGUUCACGUUUAUUUAACUUUUCAUUUCGAUACAUUUAAUAUGUAAGAACUGUUUUUAUAGAUGUAUGUAUAGUUUUCAUUCAAGUAUUAUGUGCAAUACAUUUUAAUCGAAUCAUAAUUUAAGUACUGUAUUCCCAUAUUUAAUAUUGCAAUGUUACAAAUACCAAUUAAUGGCACAAUCGUAGAAAGUGAUCAUUUUGCUAUGGUCUUGCAAUUUUUAGCAGAGCUGUGCACUAUAUCCCAAAAACUCCAAAAAUAAUUGAUGCCCCAGCCCCACAAAAAAAAAAUAAUUGUGAUUUCCAAUCAAUACCACAAGGUGGAAGCAAAGCGCUUUUUUUCCCUGUUAGAUAGGGCUAUGGCCCGACUAAAUGGAGCUCCUCCCCUCGCUCGCACCAAUUUCCUGGGCUCGAGACGGUGCCAAAGCAAUAUUUUUUUAUUAGACAUGGCUUUGGCGUAAAUACAAAAAAAUGGAUGAGUUAUGCCUUAUUCUGUAAAAGUAUUUCUUCGCUCCCAAACUGUAUUCAAGCUAAAUUGUCAGAUUCAUAUGAUAAAAUGUUGAUUUUUUUUUUUUUUUUUUUUUUUUUUUUUUUGCUUUGACUUGAGAGCAAAU